CCCCAUCAAACCAUGUUGUACGGAUUCACUUCUAAAGCGAUUGCUACAAUUGCAAUUGCAAAUGCCGUGCUAGCUUCCGCGUUACAAAUUGACGUGACCAAGUCCGUCGAGAAAUGCGAAUACCGUGCCAAAAAUGGGGACGAAGUCUCCGUGCUUUACACGGGAAAACUCGCUGAUGGCACUGUGUUUGACACCACUGAUUCUAGAGGCCGCCCUAUCGUGUUUAAAUUGGGGACUGGCCGCGUGAUCAAAGGCUGGGAUCAGGGGAUUCUUGAUAUGUGUGUGGGGGAGCAGAGAACCUUGUACAUUCCAUCGGAAUUAGGCUACGGCCUGCGAAACGUUGGGCCCAUUCCGGCCAACUCUGACUUAAUCUUUGAUGUGGAGUUGGUGGAUGUAUCUGGCAAAUCCAGACAUACUGAUGAGCUCUAGGGCCUUGUAACAGAAGAUCACAACCGAUCAUAAAAACCAU